AUGCAGGACCGCUGCUAUAGCAUCAUUGGCGGCAGUCCCUCCUUGGAGAACGAGGUCGCGUUGCGCUCCGCGCACGUGACAGCCUGUACGGUGCACGCGUCCCGAGGCGGCUACGGCUUGAAGUACGAACUGGAAAUGGUCACCGUUGACGGUGACAUCAUCCGCGCCUGGCUCGGCUACGACACACUGCGCGCCCUUGCUGCGUCGCUGCGCAGUGCGACGUCGCCCGACCUGCCACGUCCCGGACCGUUAGUCUCGUCGGGCUAG